AACUUCAUCGUCUUAACCUCACAUGGCUAUUAGUACGCAUUCCAGAACCUUAAUACGUUUGCUGUCCUGUGCGAGCAUGCCCUUUCACACGGCCUAGGAAGUAUCAAACCAUGAAGGCCAAAAGGGACAGAGAGGAGCCCUGCUUCAUAUGCAAUCACUACCACGAUCACGAGAGUGGAGAGCCUUGUCAGAUCUGUGGUCAUGUCCUGACCCAAGCGGAGCGGCGCCAGCUGGAGCACUCGGUGCUUCCCACCGGAAUUAUCCCGGGAAGCCUCUACCUUGGCAGCUAUGACACAGCCUCCCGCUCGGAGCUUCUUCGGGCCAUGGGAAUCACGCACAUCCUCAAUACAUGGCCCAGCAACCCCGCCCUCUUCAAAAACAGCUUCACGUAUCAUACAGUUUCCUCAGCGCCCGUCGACUUUCAGGAGUGCUUUGACUUCAUAGAUAACGUCCUAAAGUCGGAGCAGAAGGUGCUGGUGUACUGCAUGACCGGCAGCUCCAGGUCGCCGUCGGUGGUGAUCGCAUACCUGAUGAAGCACCGCGGGUGGCGAUUAGCAGAGAGCUAUAAGUGGGUCAAGGACAAGCGGCCCGCUAUAAACAUUAAGGACGAGGACGCCAAGCGGCUGAUGGAAUUUGAGGUUCAGCUGCAUGGCAGCUGCUCGGUGCCCCUGGGCCUCGCAGUGCUAAACAAUGCACCUACGUUUGCACCACAGGUUCAACCAAACCCAACGGCCGCCCAGGUGUCCGAAGCCGUGGCUACCCCUUCGACGUCUGGACCGACUUUCGGCGCGCAGGGGUCUCAGAGCCAGUGGAGCCUAACCAGUGCGUCAGCACCCGUGGAAGGCUUUCGCUUUGGGGCGAGCACGCAGCAGCCGCAACAGCCACAGCUUGGACUGGAGGAGAACCCUUUCGCCGCAGCGCGGCGCAUAGGGGUCGGAGGGAACGACAUGGAAACGGGGGUGUAGUAGAGAAUGCAAGGCGCGACAGGGUCUGUUUGAUAUGCCGACCGUUUUUGUGAGACUAGGUUUGUUGCUGCAGGAUGCUCAAUACAAAGUUUUGAGGUGUCCGGGCUGCAGUUUCAGCGAAAGGGUUGUUGUGAAGUCGUUUUGGGGCUUUUGCGUCAACUUAAACCCCAAAACGUUGCAAGAAGUACAGACUGGAGUUGCGCAUUCGGUCUCGAAGCCCUAUUACGUGUAAGCUUUGGGCGAAUA